AUGCCGACAGCUCCCGCGGCGGCGACCGGUGCCAAGGAAGUGGACUACGUGUCCAAGCAAGCAAACUUGACGGCGCAGAUCGAAAGCGAGCGCAUGGCAGCAAAGAGAUGGUGGCAGGACUACGGCCAAUGCUACAUUGACAACUCCAAGCCUGAAGACUUUACGUACGAGAACCGCAUCAAGAUGUUGCAGGAAAAGCUCGCCAGUGAAAAGACGGAGAAGAAUGCGCGCUUGCAAACCACCAGCGGAUCCUACGGCAUUGGCGCUCCCUUCAAGGAGUGCACGGCGAAGAAGCUGCCAACCAUAAAAAAAUAA